AAGAUUUUGUCUUCCUUCUCUCUACCAACCUUCAAUCGCCUGACACGUGCUUGGGAAAAAGAUUUUGUCUUCCUUCUCUCUACCAACCUUCAAUCGCCUGACACGUGCUUGGGAAAAAGGAUUUAUUUUUUUCGAGUUUGUUUGUGGAGGAAGAUUAAUUCAACCUUAUGGAGCACAAAAUUGACCGACUGUCAGUGUUGCCGGAACAUGUUAUGGAACACAUUCUCUCAUUCAUGCCCUUGAAAAGAACACUUCAACUUAGUAUAUUGUCCAAGAUCUGGCAAAAGGUCUGGACUUUAUUCCCCAUUCCAGAAUUUAAUUCAAACUUCUGUAGGUCAUAUUUCUACGGAGGUUGGUACUCGAUUUCUGACAAUGAGAAAAAGCAGCAUAUCAUGAUAAGGAUUGAACAGAGAGAGAAGUUCAAUUAUUUUGUGGAGAGAACUUUAGUAAGCCGUUGUAGGCAAAAGCUACGAUUAAACAAGUUUAAUCUUAAAAUUCUGGUAAGGCUUGAACCGGAUUAUGUUCUUGCAAACCGUUGGAUUGGCUAUGCAAUUGAAUGCAAUGUAAAAGAGUUGAAUCUGGACUUAAAGUCCUAUUUCUAUGACAGUGAAGAGGAGCCUGACGAUUAUCAAGUGCCUGAGAGUGUUCUAACAGCAAAAUCAAUAGUUAAAUUGAAGUUGUCUGGGGGUAGCUUGAAGUCAUGUUACAGUGAUAUUAAUUUAUCUUCUUUGAGAAAGUUGGAUUUGAAGCGAGUUGAUAUGAAUGACCAAAUUUUCCAAACUCUAAUUUCUGGUUGUCCUGCAUUAGAAGAGAUAACAAUUGGACAAUGUUACGGGUUGAAAAAUAUACAUGUGCCAAGUCUUCCUAGACUCAUGGUGGUUACAUUGCUCUAUAGUCGUAAUCUUGAGAGCUUUCAGAUUGACGCACCAAAUCUAAAGAAACUACUAUUACCAUCAAAUAUUGUGAUAGACAAAUAGUUGCACGAUGUCCUUUCUAAACAUCCACUCAUUCAGAGCUUGGAGCUAUGUUAUUGCAAUAUGUUGAAAAGGAUUAAGAUUUCAAGUGAUCACUUGAAGAGUUUGACAAUUUGUUAUUGCGCAAAGUUGGUUGAAGUUAACAUUAUUACUCUUUUAACUUUCAUAGACUUGAGUAUUGUGAUGAUGUUAUAACCUUUUCUUCCAACACUUGGACUCUAUUGGA